CGGGGCCGGCGCGUCGCGCUCUGACCCUCGGCCGCCAUGGGCACCCCCGCGUGCCGCUUCGAGUCCUUCUUGGCCCGGCCGGGUUGGCUGGGCGACGCGCUGGGGGCGCUGGAAGCCAAGAGCGGCGUCAGGCGGUCUUACCUGGCCACAGGUUUCAUGACCUGCGUGGGACUCUACCUGAUGUUUGGAUACGGGGCUUCCCUGCUUUGCAACCUCAUUGGCUUUCUCUAUCCGGCUUAUGUCUCCAUCCGCGCGAUCGAGAGCCCCACCAAGGAUGAUGACACGACCUGGCUGACCUACUGGGUGGUGUACGGCAUGUUCAGCGUGGCAGAGUUCUUUUCCGACACCUUCCUGUUCUGGUUCCCCUUUUACUAUGCUGGCAAGUGCAUCUUCCUGCUGUGGUGCAUGGCGCCCUUCUCGUGGAACGGCUCCCAGAUGCUGUACCGCAGCCUCAUCCGCCCCUGGUUCUUGAAGCACCACCGGACGGUGGACAGUGUCCUCAGCGACCUCAGCGGGCGGGCUGCGAGUGCCACUUCCACGGCCUCCCGGGAAGUGUCCAAAGAAGUCCUGAAACAAUCCCUGCAGGCAGAGGACUGAGUGGCGCCCUUUUAGUGAUCCAAAAUAAAGGAUGACCAGAUUUGAGCUGCGGAGGCUCAAGAAA